AUGACAUACAAGGGCCGACCCAUUCGCAUUGCAGGUGCCUCGGGCUCUGCCUCAGAUCGGCGUCAUGCUAUUGCUGAUUUUGCGCGUCACCAUCCGACCGAUCCUAUUGAUGUCAUUAUUGCUGACUUCAUGAGUGAGUUUAACAUGGCCACCGCUGCGGGUCGGCGUGUAGACCAGGCGAUCUCCCAGGAAGCAACAGCCCCAGCCUAUGAGCUUUCCUUCCUAGAAGCACUGGAGCCGGCUCUGGAGGAUUUGGCCAAGCAUGGAAUUAAACUUGCGGUCAAUGCUGGAGUGACUGACACAAAGGGCCUAUAUGAGGUGGUGAUGCACAUGGUUGAAGCAAAGAAGCUGGACUUAAAGAUUGCAUGGGUUUCCGGGGAUGAGGUGCUAUCUAUCGUCCAGAAGGGAUUGGCUUCUGGGUCUGAAUUUCGCAACGUUUACACAGGCGAGCGAUUAGCAGAUUGGUCAUUUGAGCCCAUUUAUGCCCAGUGCUAUCUCGGUGGUCUCGGUAUCGCAGCUGCACUCGCAGAUGGUGCGGACAUUGUAUUGUGUGGGCGGGUCUCAGAUGCUUCACCUGUCAUCGGAGCUGCUUACUGGUACCAUGGCUGGCGGCGCGAUGAGCUUGACAAGCUAGCAAAUGCGUUUGUGGCAGGCCAUUUGAUCGAGUGCAGCAACUACGUCUGCGGUGGCAACUUCACGGGCUUCAAAGCCCUAGAGCACGCAGGUGGAGAUGGCUGGUCCAAGAUCGGAUACCCCAUCGCCGAGAUAUCUGCCGAAGGCGACGUUGUGAUCACCAAGCAGGCCCAUACCACGGGUGGCGCGGUAACUGUCGAUACUUGCACAUCACAGCUGCUCUAUGAGAUACAAGGGCCUUGGUACUACAACUCCGAUGUCACGGCGGUCCUCGAUGGUAUACACUUCUCGCAAUGCGGCGUCAAUCGUGUCGCUGUUCAUGGAGUUCGAUCCGGUCCUCCUCCUCCCACCACCAAGGUUGGUAUCACUGCACGAGGUGGGUACCAGGCAGAGGUAUGGUGGUUCUUGGCCGGUCUGGAUAUCGAAGCCAAAGCUCGCAUGCUGGAGGGGCAGAUUCGCCAAUUGUUGUCACCCUAUUCGGACAGAUAUACAUCGCUGAAUUUCGAUUUAUUGGGCUCUUCCCUCUCUGAUCCAGGCAACCAGAACCGCGCUACUGUGCCGCUUCGCAUCGUUGUACAGGCUCGGCAUGCAGAAGAACUUGCACCCGCACGGUUCCUCAAACCCAUCACCGAUAACAUCAUGCAGGGGUAUCCUGGCGCCACUUUUCACUUGGAUCUGCGCCAAGGAUUCCCGCGUGCCAUUUUUGAGUACUAUGUCAGCUUGUUACCCCAAUCUGCAGUCCAGCAUCGCGUCCACCUGCCUUGGAAGCCGACGGCAUCAAGACAGAUCCUCGAUAUCCCUCCUCCGACCAACACCAGGACGUAUCCAUCACGCCAACCCUCGCAACCUAUCACCCACACUGACGGACCCGUCGACCUAGUUCGGUCGUUUGGGCCGACGACUCAUGGCCCAUUAGGCUGGAUCGUUCAUGCCCGCUCCGGGGACAAGGGUGCCGACGCUAACUGCGGCUUCUGGGUGCGUCACCGUGACGAAUACCAAUGGCUGCGUGCGUUGCUAUCUGUUGACAAGGCGCAAGAGCUGUUGGGAGAGAGUGGCGAGAACCGUCAGUUAGCAAUUGAGCGGUUCGAGUUGCCCAGCCUUCAUGCAGUUCAUUUCCUAUUUCGCAACCUACUGGAUCGAGGUGUCGGUGUGACGACCACGGUCGAUUUCCUAGGUAAAAAUGUGGCGGAAUAUCUGCGGGCGCGGCAUGUUGAUCUUCCAGUACGAUUCUUGAACCGCGGAAAGCUAUAG